CAAAGUCAAAAGUGAAGAUCACAUGGGAAAUGUGAAACUAAGUGAACCUGAGUUAUUGGAACCAACCACAGCUCAAAGAACACUGCGUCCAAGAAAGAGGAAGGGUAUGUCCCCCGGCACAGUGGAUAAGAACACAAGAUCAGCCAAGACUCGCAAAACAAAAGAUAACAUUACAGUUGUGCCACCUUCUACUGGGAGACGCACAAGCAAAAGGACUCAAUCAAAAGCUCAAUUUGCAACACCUGCAGUGAGGGAAAUUCCUUACAGCAACACACCAAUGGUGACACCAAAGUUCGAUCCACGGUUACCAGUGACUCCUGCCCUGCUACGAGAACCUAAAGUUGGUGAAAGUAUCAUGUCACUGAAUGGAUCACCGAUUGUAAAUAGUGCUCCAGCCCCAAACACACCACAACUUUCUAUUUCCCUUGGUAACGGACGGAGGAUUCAACUUCAUCCCACCUCUAACCUGAGCCCGUCACAAUCGACGAUUCUGAACGACGCCGCAAGGAAGAAUGUGGAAUUAUUGCAGCUAAAACUUUCACAGCUCCUGGCUAUGCCGAAUCCAGCACAGAAGAAAUGAUUCUUCAUUUAUUCAGCUGUAAUUAUGGCAAGAAACCAAAGCUCACUGGCAUUAAGACUAAAAAAAAAAUGAGAUGGUGUUUUUUA